AUGUCAAGCAAAGCGGGUGGCAAGCGACCGGCGACCAUCACCAGCGAGCCCUCCAACCACGCCAUGGUGUCGGAGGUGCCCUCGGAGCGCCCCGGAGGACGGGCUUCACGCUCCUCCCGCAAGGGCAUCGCCUUCGGGAAGCGCUCCAAUUCCAUGAAGAGGAACCCCAACGCCGCCGUGACCAAAAGCGGCUGGCUCUACAAGCAGGCCAGCUCGGGGGUGAAGCAGUGGAACAAGCGCUGGUUCGUGCUGGUGGAUCGCUGCCUCUUCUACUACAAAGGUACGGCAGCGAGUACCUGCCCCCACUGGCGCUCCCCGUGGCUCGUGGCCCCCGCCGAGCCCGGUGUAGGGGCGAGCGUGGCCAAGUGGCAGCGUGGGCUCUCCCGCACGCCCGUGCUGAUGCUGGCGGCCAGCAAGGUGUCUCUUUGCCUGUGGCUUCUGCAGGUGACAGUGUGCUGGGUGGAGGAGAUGCCGGCGAGUAACGAGCAGUCCCUGUCUCCCCAGGCUGAGCACGCUGGCAUCCGGACGUACUUCUUCAGCGCCGAGAACACGGAGGAGCAGGAGUCCUGGAUCCAAGCCAUGGGCGAAGCCGCCCGGGUGCAGAUCCCCCCGACCCAGAGGUCAGCACCCACCAUCUCCCUGCACGAGAAGCCGGACUCUGAAAACAUCCCCCCCAGCAAACACCACCACCACCACCACCGCAACGCCGCCCACCGCGAGCACCCCAAAGCCGACCCCGACGCCAAGACCCGAGGGGAAGGCGACGGCCGCGGCUCAGAGAAGAUCGAGAGGAAGUCGGAGAGGACGGAGAGCAAGAAGGAACCUUUGGCCAAAGCCAACGGCAUCGCUGGGCAGGAGAUGCCCUCGGAGCCCGGCAGUCCUUACCCCGAGGCACCCCGGGUACCGGCGAGCGCGGAGCGGCCACCCCAGCCCAACGGCUGGACAUACUCGUCACCCAGCCGCCCUGGCAGCACCGCGUACCCCCCGCCCGACGGGGAGAGCGUGGCCCACCGCCGGGGCUUUGCCCCCCGCACCAACCCCGAGAAGAUCGCCCAGCGCAAGAGCUCCAUGACGCAGCUGCAGCAGUGGGUCAACUCGCGCCGGGGGGCCAACCCCCCCGAGGAGCUGCGGAGCCCCACCAGGUUUUACCCAGUGUCUCGCCGGGUGCCCGACUACUAUUCCCCCUACUCGCCCCAGUACCCCGAGGACUACCAGUACUACCCACCCGGCGUGCGCCCCGACAGCAUCUGCUCCAUGCCCGCCUACGAGCGGGUGAGCCCGCCCUGGGCGCUGGAGGACAAACGGCACUCCUUCCGCAACGGGGGCACCUACCAGCUCCGCGACUGGAAGGAACACCCCGGUUUUGGCCGGCAAGACGUCCCGCUCUGGUUGCCCGGUCCCGGGAGGCAGCCGACCUACUUGGAUGAGGUGGAUGCAGCCUCGGGCUCCCUGCGACGCAUGUCGCUACAGCCCCGCUCCCGCUCCGUGCCCCGCUCGCCCAGCCAGGGCUCCUACAGCCGGGCACGGGUGUACUCCCCGGUCCGCUCGCCCAGCGCCCGCUUCGAGCGGCUGCCGCCCCGGGGAGGAAUUUAUGCCGACCCCACCACCUUCAUGAUGAGGCGAUCCAUCAGUUCUCCAAAGGUGACACCCUUCCCGGAGGCCUACAGGGAGACACUGCACGCCUACAAGAUAAGCGAGCAAGACACCGAUAAGCUGCUGGGGAAGCUCUGUGAGCAGAACAAGGUGCUGCGGGAGCAGGAGAGGCUGGUGCAGCAGCUCCGGGCAGAGAAGGAGAGCCUGGAGAGUGCCCUGAUGGGGACGCACCAGGAGCUGGAGAUGUUCGGCAGCCAGCCCGCCUACCCGGAGAAGCUGCUGCACAAGAAGGAAUCGCUCCAGAACCAACUCAUCAACAUCCGCGUGGAGCUGUCGCAGGCCAGCACGGCCUUGGCGAAUAGCACCGCCGAGUACGAGAGCUUGGAGAGCGAGGUGUCCGCCCUGCACGACGACCUCUGGGAGCAGCUGAACCUGGACAUCCAGAACGAAGUGCUCAACCGGCAGAUCCAGAAGGAGAUCUGGCGGAUCCAGGAUGUGAUGGAGGGGCUGAGGAAGAACAACCCAUCCCGCGGCACGGACACUGCCAAGCACAGAGUGGCCAUCGGCCCCUCGGGGACGUACAGCUCCAACAGCCCCGCCAGCCCCCUGAGCUCGGCCAGCAUCACCAGCCCCCUCAGCCCCUUCUCCCUCAUCUCCGGCUCCCAGGGCUCGCCCACCAAGCCGGGACCCGGCGAGCCCAAGCCGAGCUUCGAGCAGAGCAAGAAAGAGGUGCAGCGACAGACUCCCCCCGGACCCUCAGCCGAGGGGCUCCCGCAGAGCCGGCAGGAGCCGGACGCAGAGAAGCAAGCGGCUCUCAACAAGGUGGGCAUCGUCCCCCCCAGGACCAAAUCUCCAGCGGAGGAGGAGGUGGUGCCCACGGCCGGCGUGCCAAGGAGGAGCAUGGGUGGCAUGGCCAACGGGCUCAGCUCCAGGGAGAGACCGAAGAGCGCCGUGUUCGCCAACGAAACAAAGGUGAAGAUGAGCGUGGAGGAGCAGAUCGACCGCAUGAAGCGCCACCAGAGCGGCUCCAUGAAGGAGAAGCGGCGCAGCCUGCAGCUCCCCAGCAGCCACCAACCCCAGACCCCCCGCACCAAGGCACCCGAGAAGCAGAAGAAGGGGGAAAGGAUCAAGACCCUCAUUGCCAAAUCCAGCCUGCAGAAUGUCGUCCCCCUGGGCGAAGGGGAGGUGGACGCCCCCCAGGACCCCGAGACCCAGCUGCAGGAGCAGGAGAAGAGGAUCGAGAUCUCGUGUGCUUUGGCUGCCGAAGCCUCCCGCCGGGGCCGCAUGCUCUCGGCUCAAUGCGCUACCCCAAGCCCUCCCACCUCCCCAGCCUCCCCGACUCCACCGACCAACCCCCUCUCGUCUGAAACAUCCCGGGCCGCCGACAACAGCCAUUUUAUGCGUGUCUGA